UCUUACUAAGACAUGAAUUUGAAUCUCACUGACGAUUUUAAAGACCUUCUUGGUGGCUGAUAUGUAAAUACCUUAUUCUUUGAGUCUUAUGGCUUACUAGAUAAACUCUGGAAUCCAACUCGUCUAAACUUUUUCUCAGAUAAAAAAUAUCUGAUGUAUCACAUCCAAAAGUAGGGCCCCUUUUUUAGUAUAUAUAUAUAUAUCUUUUCUGCAUCACAAAUUCAACCUCCUACUCCUUCCAAAAAUUCUUAAGGAUGGCCACAGCAGAAGAAAUUUCAACUUUGAAACUGUUGCGCCAAUAUCUCUUGGGGGAUAUUUCAGACCCUUUUCUCACCAAUCUCAUUCCAGUAAAACUUGAAGACCCCUCAUCAGGACUUGAUAUGGGUUCAAACUUCUCAGAACAAAGCAGCUUCUGCAAGUUUCUGGAGUGCUUUGAUUUUGAAGCAGAAGUGGUAGGUCUCACUUCUCAUCAUAAGGUCCAAAGCUCCAUUGCAACAAGUCCACCCCAGAAUUUCAAUUUGCCAGAAGAACCAAUGGUGUCAAUGAAAAAGGAAGCAACAUGUUAUGCAACAAGGCAUUACAGAGGAGUGAGGAGAAGGCCAUGGGGGAAGUUUGCGGCAGAGAUUCGCGACCCCAAAAAGAAAGGGAGCAGGGUGUGGCUUGGCACAUUUGACACUGAGAUUGAUGCUGCUAAGGCUUAUGAUUGUGCUGCCUUCAGAAUGAGGGGUCAUAAAGCCGUGUUGAAUUUCCCUCUAGAGGCUGGAAUGUCUCAUCCAGAGCCCAACAGCAGUGGCAGGAAAAGGAGAAGAGAGUACACAACAGCUGCCACAAGUUCAAGGCAUGUUAUGUCAUGAGAAAUAAUUCAGUGUGGGAGAACCAUGUUUUUCUUUUGGCAUUUUUUGCCAGUUACACAAGUUAAAGCAAGGUUUUAUAGUUACACUACAGUUGAGCAUGAUGAGAUCUGUUAUUUAAAUCCUUGAGUUAUGGUUAAGGGUGAAAUUGAAUUAAACCCAAGAAUGAAACAGCUCAUAAAGAAACCUACUUCUACUUUUUUAUACAAGGCUCUCAAAGUAGAAUGUGUGAUAGUCACCACUCACCUUAGUUCAUUAGAUAAUGAGGAAAAUUCUUAUUGCAUCUUAACUUUAUCUUUAUUCUCAGGAUUACUAACCAUAUCGAUAGUGGCUUGUUUUCAUCAUUUACUGUAAUAGUCAGCUUUUUUCACAAGGAUAAGGUAUUAUGGGAUGUUCAGUGGAGUAUUUAAGUGGCUUGGCUUUCCCUUCUUAAUUGGCAGCUAAGUUAUAAGGGAGGGUUUCCCAAGUGCUUGGAUAUGACAAUGAUUUUUGCUUUCCUAGUUACUUAAUUAUAAUUAUAGGAUUUAUUAGAAUUUAUCAUUUCCUAUUUUUUACUCAAAUUUUACUUGUAAAGAAUGUACAACGACUUGUGAAUAUAAAUGAGGAAAAUAAUCUUGUCUCC